UUUGUGCCCCUUCACACUGGUCAUUGUUCUGGUCAUUCACCUGUCCUUGCAGAAAGAUAAGCUCGGAAGGAGGAUGGAGGGGAGUACCUUGGAGCCUGCCUAUGGCAUCCUAACAUUCCCACAAAGUGGGACAGUUCUGCUUUGUAGAAAGGCCCUGACUCCUUGAAAGUUUGUUCAAUGUGUUUUGCUUCUGCCGGUCUAAUGAACAACCUCACAAUCUGUUUCCUAGUUCACAAUACUGUACCCAUAUUGUUUAGAACAUUCAAAAUCUAUUGCAGCUUCGUGAGAAAGUGUUUGUUAGGUAAUUUGGUAACUAUGUUUCUAAAACACGUUACUAAUAUGUAUAUGGUAUUCUUACUUUCCACAUCAGCUAUUUCUAAGGGUAUGUUGCAGCUUAAUUCUUUAGAUCAAUUGCCCUUUUCAAUGUUCAGGGCAGAAACAACACUUUCACUUUCCACAGUGGGAAGGUCAGCUUCCCCGUGUUUGUGUUUCAGCCGUCAUCCUCCAUACCGGAGAGGCUUUAUCUGCUCGGCUUGCUUAAUUGCAGCACGUUUCACACGCAUGGACAACCUGUGCAGCAGCACCCUCGAUCCAGACCCCAUUUCCAUAUUGCAUCCCUUCCUCAAUGGCCGGAGGCAUCAUGGGAGCAUGGAGCAGGAAAUAAUUCCCUCUUGGGGUAGUUGAAGCACUAUGAAAGUCUGCCAGGUGAAGCCGUGCGUGCUCCAUCCCCGGAGGUGUUCAGGGUCAGUCUGGAUGGGGCUCUGGGCAGCAUGACCCCGCGGGUGGCAUCCCUGCCCACGGCGGCGGGGCUGGGGUUCUAAGCUCUUUGCUGUCCCUUCCAACCCAAGCCAUUCUAUGGCUCUGCGUUUCUGUGAUGUAAGCACCGGCCCCACGCAGCCCUGGUGCAGUGCAUCACAAGAGCAGCAGCCCGCGGGGAGCCGCCGCCCGGAAUCUCGGAGCUGGCGUAUGAGGUCACAAUGCCCCGUCCUAUGACUGUGCUGUGCUGUGCCGUGCCGCAGGCUUCGCUCUGUGCGACACUCACUGUGGCUGCAGCGGUGGUGUUGGAAGCAUGGUGCGAGUGUGGGGGGCCAUGGCCCCUGCCCGCCUUGUCCUCUUCCUCCUACUGAUGGCCAUGUGUUUCCGGGAGACUUGUGCUGCUCCGUGGCGAGCACCGGGAGCAGGUGAUGCCCUUGGUGCUCCCUUUGCAAAUGAUCGUUUGGGUUUCGAUUUUGUGCCUGUGCCUGUGGAACAACCCAGAGGCCGUGCUGGUGAAUCCACAGGAGAGUAUCCUGUCUACGAGCCUGAAGGGGAUGCUGGAGAUGGGACUGGAGCAGGUGAUCCAGGAUCCGCUCUGAGCUCUGGGACCGAAACUCUGGCGGAUGGCAUGGGUCCGGAAAGAGCAGAGGAUGAACCCGAAAGAGGAAGAAAGUCCCAGGGCUUACCCCGUCUCCUAAAGGAACUGCUGAAGGAAAUAGAGAAGGCACCGCGUGGAAUUGACCAAGAAACUGAGCAGGAUGCACUGCAGGAAGGCAGCCAUCCCACCCUGCCGGUCUCGGACAGCGGAACGCAGGCAGCGCCAACAGCUGGCACGCCAGGGAUGAAUGCCGGGAAAAGCACAGAGGCUGCUGUUCACCAAUCUGCGCGGAAGCGCUACAUCGCAGCCGUGGUAAUGUUCCCUGCUGCGGUGCUGGCCUGUGGUGCUGUGAUAUGGAUGUGCAAAACAUACUUAGUGUGCAAGAGAGAAGAGAGAGCAGCAGAACCGGCUCAUCCUGAUACCAACUAGGAGAGAGUUCCAACUGGAGACGAGGGCAGAAUGGAGCUGGGAGAGGCAACAGAAGAGACUCUUGCCCCAUCAAACA